CAUCUCCUACAACUCCAACUUCCAUACAAUUCGGAUCCAUUAAUCAAUCUUCCUCCUCGGCUGUUCCCAUUUCUCCUACGACACCAUCAUCUGCAAGCAAUUCCGGCGGGAAAGUGCCAACCCAAUUCCAGAAAAAUAAUACCUUAAACAAUAUGACGAUGACGAUGGCUUUUGGACAAGUGGAAUUG